UGGUAUCAAAAUCAGAUCUUGGCCAAAUUGAGACAAAGAUAUAUAAGCUGGAUGAAUGUUCCUCUGAUUCCACCCAUCCCUGCAGUGCUCGAUUUCUGUAUCAAUUUAUUCAUUCUCAUUUUGCCAUAUUGCUGUAGUACGGGCAACCAAUAUGAAGUACGCAUUCGCACUGUCGGCCGUAACGGCUGUCGCCUCUGCACACUCAAUCUUCCAGCAGAUUGUUGCUGGUGGUACAGAGUACGGGAUUGGUGUUGGUAUCCGGAAGCCAGAUUACAACGGACCCAUCAACGACGUCACUUCUAACGACAUCGCCUGCAAUGGAGGACCAAACCCUACGACCCCAUCGAACCAGAUAAUCAAUGUAGUUGCUGGCGAGACUGUCAAGGCAAGAUGGAGACACUCCGAUGCUUUGGUAAUCGAUGCCAGCCACAAGGGCCCUGUCAUGGCAUAUUUGAAGAAAGUCAACAACGCCUUGACCGAUACCGGAGUUGGUGGCGGAUGGUUCAAGAUUGAAGAAGCUGGCUACAACCCAUCCACUGGAACCUGGGCUGUAGAUGACCUGAUUGCUGCAAACGGCUAUCAAAACAUUCGAAUCCCAUCCUGCCUUCCAAAUGGACAAUAUCUUCUCCGCGCUGAGAUCAUUGCUCUCCAUGGUGCUGGCAGUCCUGCCGGAGCACAAUUCUAUAUGGAAUGCGCACAAAUCAACGUCUCAGGCGGUUCUGGAACUGCAAGCCCGGCAACCGUAUCCCUCCCAGGCGCCUACAGCGCCAACGAUCCCGGAAUCCUCGUAAGCAUCUACUACCCACCUCUGACCUCCUACACGAUUCCCGGCCCACGACCUUUCGUCUGCGGUGGCGGCAGCGGCGGCAGUCAACCCACCACAACCCAACGCAGCUCCACGACAUCGCAGCGUAGCACAACCACUCUUGCGACUUCAACCCGAACCUCGUCUGCGGCGGCCACAACUACGAGUGCUUCGUCGGGUGCGGGAGCUGCGCUUUAUGGACAGUGUGGUGGGAUUGGAUGGACGGGACCGAAGACGUGUGCGCAAGGCAAGUGUGUCGCUAAUGGCGACUACUACAGCCAGUGUGUCCCGUAAGUAUAUAGGAGGACGUCUAUGAAGUGUGGAUAGUGUAGAUAUUAGUGGGUGCGGGGUUGUCUGCGGUGAUUGGAGGUACCUAGAGUGUAGCAUGGUUUGUGAAUACAGGACGAUCUUGGGGUUUUGUACAUACUGUAGCAGAGUCGAAUUCAUUCGUUGACGACAUCCACACCUUUUUUAUCAUACAGAGUAAUGAGUUAGUUGAGGCUUGCUUGCCCAUGUAUAUAUCCUAGAUCCCUUAUGUACCGCCACCCAUCUAUGUGCAAUCAUCGAAUGUUCAGCAGGACUUCCACAACCGAUAUAUGUUCUAUCCACGAAUUAAACUAUGCAAUCGUCUCUUGAUUACUUCACCUGCCGUCCUCCCUUUCUUCUUCAUGUUCCCCCACAUCUUCCCCCCUCGC